UUAGAAAAAAUUUCUCUCAUGUAAAAACUCAAGUAUUAUUUAUUUGUCCAAGGAUUAGGAAAGAAAAAAAGAAAUUAAAUAAAAAACAAAGAAAAAGAAAAAGAAAAAGAAGAAGAAAGAAAAAGAAAGAGAGAAACAUGUAGCGCUGCCAGUGAAUUAUGUACGAAACAGUCUAGCAGCCUGGUACAUUCAAACUUGGGAAAUGCGAAACAAUGCGAAGUGUGGUAUGGGCGAACGGCGGCCGUCGUGGGUGGUCCAAGUGGUUCUGAGAGCAAGCUUGUCUCGUGUGUGGUCCAAGCCGUUCGUACACUGGACGCGACUAUCGCUCUGCCGCCAGAAGAUGCGAGACACUUUGACCGUACAAAAGGGAGGCCUUUCUCCGUGGCUAAUCGAGAUUAGCUGAAGGAAAUAUUUCUAUCUCUAUGCCUGAGAUUAUGAUCUUGUUAAUAUGUUGCAUGCUUAUACUUCAUGGUGUCAAGUCAGAAUUGGAACAUACUUUUACUGGUAAUUCUAAUAAUGAAAAUAAAACAUGGAAGGACUUAGAUUUGAGUCACAGACACAGAAUCAAGGAUUCCAAUUAUCUGCUGGACAGGUAUCCUUUGGGAGAAUUACCUACUGAUUUUGAGAACUGCCGUAGACCUGCAAAAUGUAUACCUUUACAGAAAAACACUUGUAUGGGUACCAGAUUACCUUAUGCAUCUACCACAUUAGAUCUUGUAUCUGAAUAUACAACACAAAAAAUAAUCGAGGAAAAGUUAUAUUUACUACAAGCAUUAAGACAUAUACCAAAGUGUUGGGCAGUUGUACAACCAUUUUUAUGCUCAAUAUUUAUGCCAAAAUGCAUAAACGAUACGGUUGAUUUGCCAUCUCAAGAAAUGUGUAAGAUGGUAUCAGGACCCUGCAGAAUAGUAUUUAAUCAUACUAUUUGGCCAAGUUUUGUUAAAUGCGAGAAUACAAAACUUUUUCCAAGAUUAUGUAAAAAUGAUAUAAGAGAAUUGAAAUUCAAUACGUCAGGUAAAUGUUUAAAACCACUGAUCCCCACCGAUAAUGCACUUGCAAUUUUUGAGGGUGUAGACGGAUGUGGUACACAAUGCAAUGAUCCAUUUUUUACAUUGGAUGAAGAAAAACAAAUUCAUUCUUUCAUUGCUUGGGCUGCUGGUAUUUGUUGUAUGUUUAAUUUUUUUACUGUGGUUACAUUUUUAAUAGACUGGAGAAGUGCAAAUAAAUAUCCCGCAUUAGUUAUAUUUUAUAUAAAUUGCUGUUUUAUGGUAUCUUGUAUAGGAUGGUUAGUACAAUUUACUCCUGGAAGUAGAGAUGUGAUUGUAUGCCGUAAAGAUGGAACAUUAAGAAUGAGUGAACCAAGCGGAGAAAACUUAUCUUGUGUUGUUGUUUUUGUACUUGUUUAUUAUUCGUUGAUGGCUGCAAUGGUGUGGUUUGUAAUUUUAACGUAUGCUUGGCAUAUGAGUUUUCAAGCCCUUGGUAAAAUUCAAGAUAGGAUCGAUAAAAAGGGCGCUUAUUUCCAUCUGAUCGCUUGGUGCUUACCGCUUGUUUUAACGGUAACGAUUAUGGCAUUGGGAGAAAUAGAUGGUAAUAGUGUUACGGGUAUCUGUUUCGUGGGUUAUACGAAUCAUGCAGUAAGAGCUUGGUUUCUGCUUGGACCAGUGUUAAUUGUUUUACUGGUUGGAGGAUACUUUCUAUCAAGAGGAUUGAUCACACUUAUUCGUUUAAAAAUCAGUAGUCAGGAAAUUAUAUCAGAAAGAGCAAGUUCUAAAAUAAGAGAAACUAUUGUUAGAAUGGGCCUGUUUUCCAUUUUUACAUUUGCAGCAGUUGUAGUGACCUGCUAUUGUCAUAUUCAUGAAUUUCAGCAUUCUUGGCAGUGGCGACAAAGUUUUCGCGAUUAUAUGAUAUGUUCGAUAACGACAAAGUACGCAGAAAUAUCUGAAUGUAAAAUGGAAGCAAGACCAAGCGCUGCCAAGUUGCAGUUGCAUUUACUUUCACCAUUUUUCGCUGGUAUACUUAUGUCAUCAUGGGUUUGGACAGGAUCCACGGUAGAUACAUGGACUAGAUUUCUCCGACGGACUUUUAAUUGUGAAUCAGAAGAACCGAUAAGAUUGAAGAAACACAAAGUUAUAGCACAAGCUUUUGCAAAACGCAAGACUUUCAACAAUGCUGGUCGUUUAUCAAUUAGUUUUCAUAAUACUCACGAAGAUCCGGUAGGACUGAAUUUUGAUCUCAACUCGGUAGCUUCGCAAGACUUUAGUUCAACUUGGGCUGCUGCUUUGCCAAAACUAGUAACAAGGAGAGGUGCACUUGUAGGUGGAACAACGGGUUCGGUAUCCAGCAACAGAAGAAAUUCAGUUGAUUCUGAAAUAAGUUUUAGCGUGAGACGUGUCUCUGUGGAAUCUAGAAGAAAUUCAUUGGAUUCUCAGAUAUCCGUUCAGAUUGCUGAACUGAAAACAACGAGAAAAGUGGCAGGAAGUGCCCGUGGACGUCGUGGAAAGCGUAGGAGAGAUUUUGCAAAAUCAAGAUCUGGAAAAGUUGGUCCACUUUUUCGACGAGGUAGUACUACGUCCCAAGAGAGUCAGCUGGGUGCACAAAUACUUUCAGCAUUGACCAUUGGUGGUACAUCCAAAAUACCGCCUAUUCAAGUGCCUAAUAUGAAAAGACGAUCAGCUAGUGCUGGAUUAGAUGAGCGAGUUUUAAACUCUAAAAUGCUCGAAGGGAAAGGCCCGGGUAUGCUUCUACCAUUUUUAUUUCCAGAUCAAAGCGGCAGCGAUGAAAAUUUAAGUAGCGAAGAAAAAAGACAUCAAGAUAUGAGAGAUAAAGAUAUUGAUAUAGAAGCAGGCAAUGUCGAGAAAGAGGAUCAAGAUACUGAUAGCGAUGAUAGUCAGCCCGACGAAGAAACGAAGAUAUUAGAACCGGAAGAACCAUUAGAAAAUAGUAAAAAUAAGACGAGUAAUAAAAGUGCCAAGAGUUAUUGUCACGAAAGUGAUAUUAGAAGUAGGGAAGGUCGUAAAAGCAAAUAUUUGUUACAAGAUGAGGCUAUUCUAAAACAUUUGCUUCAAGAAUCUAGCGAAACGAAAUUGAAAUGUGAAACAGAGAAAAAGGAUGCAUACAAAAAGGCCGGUAUGGGUGAUCUAGCAUCUAGCUUAACAUCUUGCUGUCCCGAAUUAACGCGGUUAAUGCAAUCGGAUGGACAAACUAACGCAAGAGAAAUAGCUACGCAAACUUCCUUGCCUCUCGAUAUUUUGGAAAUGGAGGAACUGAAACAAAGUAUCGAUGAGAUCAUUAAUAGCAGACAUUGUAGUUCUAAAGGAACGCAAAUGUCACCUUAAUUAAAUAAAAAAAUAAGAAUACUACGAGGUAAGACUGAACAUUAAUACUGAUAAAUAUUGUAUAUCAUUGAAAAAAAGGAAACAUUAACGUCCGAAGAACAAUAUUCAUUAAUAUGUUCGACCUAACAAUAGUGUGGUAACUAAAGUGUUGAAAUCAUGUAUAUUAUAUGUCUUUAAUAGUUAAGGAUAUACGAUUUUCUUAAAUGGUAUAUCGAAACUUUUUUUAAUUAAUGUAAAUGACUUAUGACAUGAUCUGGAUACACAAUAAUAUUUAUAUAUAUCUAUAUUUUUAUAUAUUUUAUUAUUAUUAAAAUAGUCAUAAAUAUUUUCCGACGAAUGAUUU